UCUGGCAAUAUUUUAAAAUUAAUAACCUGAUCCUUAAUGAUCCUUCAACAAUCGUGUUGGUGCUGCCAUGUUCAUGUCUGUGCUGCUCUGCUCUCCUGUGAACAGACACCCAUUUCUUUUGGCUGUGUGGACUUGAAGAGGAUUUUCCUCAGGAUAAAAUGGCUCCUGCCGUUGGUGGUCCUCAAGGCUACACGCCUCCUGAAGGCGGCUGGGGAUGGAUGGUGGUGGUUGGAGCUUUCAUUUCCAUUGGCUUCUCCUAUGCCUUUCCAAAGUCCAUUACCGUCUUUUUCAAAGAGAUUGAGGUGAUCUUCAACGCCAGCAGCAGCCAGGUCUCCUGGAUCUCCUCCAUCAUGUUAGCAGUGAUGUACGGCGGAGGUCCCAUCAGCAGCAUUCUGGUGAAUAAAUACGGCAGCCGUCCUGUUAUGAUUGCUGGAGGAUGUCUUUCUGGUUUGGGUCUUGUUGCUGCGUCUUUCUGCAAUUCUGUUGAAGCCUUGUACUUCUGUAUUGGUGUAGUAGGAGGCUUGGGUCUGGCUUUCAACCUCAACCCUGCCCUGACUAUGAUUGGAAAAUACUUCUACAACAAGCGACCCAUUGCUAACGGCCUCGCCAUGGCUGGCAGUCCUGUUUUUCUUUCAACCCUGGCUCCGUUAAACACCUGGUUCUUUGAUCGCUUUGGCUGGAGAGGAAGUUUCCUGAUUCUUGGAGGUCUCCUCUUCAACUGCUGUGUAGCUGGUUCCCUCAUGCGGCCUAUAGGACCCAAACCAAAGCCUGUGGAGAAGACGACAGAGAAGAGGACUGUGACGCAGACCAUUAACAGCUUUAUUGACCUUUCUUUAUUCAAGCACCGGGGAUUUCUACUUUACAUCAUGGGCAACAUUGUCAUGUUCUUUGGCCUCUUUGCCCCACUGGUGUUUCUCAGUAAUUAUGCCAAAAGCAAAGAUAUACCCAAAGAAAAGGCUGCUUUCCUACUGUCUGUGCUGGCUUUCGUUGACAUGGUUGCCCGGCCGUCGAUGGGAAUGGUGGCAAAUACCAAAUGGGUGCGGGCCAGGGUGCAGUACUUCUUCGCAGCCUCUGUUCUGUACAAUGGUGUGUGUCACAUUCUGGCUCCAAUUUCAGUCGACUACAAAGGUUUUGUCAUAUAUGCCAUCUUCUUUGGAUUUGCAUUUGGUUGGUUGAGCUCAGUGCUCUUCGAGACCUUAAUGGACCUAGUGGGUACACAGCGCUUUUCCAGUGCCGUGGGGCUGGUAACCAUUGUGGAAUGUGGCCCUGUGUUGUUAGGGCCCCCCCUUCUGGGGAAGUUCAAGGAUGUGUACCAUGAUUACAAGUACACAUACCAGGGCUGUGGUAUAAUCCUCAUUGUGUCCAGUGUUUUCCUGUUUUUGGGAAUGGGACUGAAUUAUCGACUGUUGGACAAGGAGAAGAAAGAGGAAGAGAGAAAGGCCAGGAUGGGAAGUAGGGAAUACAAAUCCAACAAGGAUAAUGCAGCCAAGGAAGAGGCCAGGAAGACAGAAGACUCCGUCUAAUACUCCGUCUACACCUUGUUAAGUGAUAUUUGCCAAUAUGUUCGAUAAGAAUACACUGUAAGUGCAAAUCAGCACAAAUAAACACACGUGAUCUUCACUGUACUGCAUUGGGACCACUAUAGUCUUAGAUUCAGUAGCAGUACUACAUAGACUAUUACUGACAUUUUUAAUUUAAAAAAUGACACAUUAUAUCUACAUAUACAUUAUA